CUGGCAUCCCUCUCAUGGACCGUACAAGGAUGCGCCAACUACAAGUUCUGUCAUUGCUACGAUGACAACGGCAUGCCCAAUGACUUGGCAACCAACAUUAUGUGCCCCGGCAAUCUGGAGUCAAGGACGGAGUUCGGCGUCACAUUUAAGGAGUGCCACUACUACAAGAACUAUUUCUUCCUCUAUAGUGCUUUGGAUAACUGCGACCUCAGGCGUCGGUGCAAGGCCGCCGGCGCGACUGGGGCGGACUCGAGUUGCAGAAGCAAGGUUGAAUAG